AUGGCCGGGCGUUUGAUGGAAGAGGCAGCCACCAUGAUGGCCCUGGUGCUUGACUGCUUCGACCACACACCAUGGACAUCCGCAGGCCAGGGCAAAGUACCUGCCUUGUCAUCUGCAGAGGUCCUCCACAACUGGGCCCAAAGCAAGCGCUCAGGGAGGUGGACGUGGCAGGUGCUACAUCGAGGCACCUCAGGCUUUGCCCGGCCAAUGUGCCAAGCUCGCCUGGGUGCAGCGUGCGUUGACACGGAGACAGCUGAGAUCACAAUCUCAGGAUUGGAUUCCAAAGGCUCCGGCUAUUUGCUGCAAUGUGCCGCACUCAAGCACGCAGAUGGCCAGCUCGGUCGGAACAUGUUGCAGGAUACGGACGGGCGUGGCUUCUUCAUGCCUCAGCCUCAGAUGGAGAAGCUCCCCAAUGGGAGGAGCCUCGGAAAGUCGCCCGCCAUUGAUAGGCACAUUUUGCUGCCGGCGCUGGCUGUGCUUGGGCGCCCGGCUACGCACGUUUUGCAGCUCGAGCCGGAGCGGGACUUGAUCAUUGAUGGUCCCUCGCCUAGCUUGGGUGGUGUACACACAAGGUAUGAUCUCGAGAGAGCCAUGGCAGACGACGAUGAUGAAGUACCACAGGGCGUCAUCGCGCCUUUGCCCACAAAGCCACGACUUGCAGGACGUAGCAAAGCAGGGUAA